AUGGCAGCCAGCAGUGACGAUGAGGCAUUGGCAAUCACCAUCUCGGUGGAAGAAAUAGACGCCAUGAUACACAGUCAUACAAUGCGGCAUUCACUGAAAAAAUAUAUUGGCGACAAGAUUCAUCAGGAUGUUCGAGAUCGGCGUUGGAGAAGAAUAAUUGUUCGUGGUCACUAUCGGCGAGAUGGCUUGUCGACAUUCGAAAAAGAAGGCAGACGUUUCAAUUGGCACCGUCCCACAAGCCGAAUCAUUGAUGACGACGUGUUGGAAAUCAACUGCUUCCCAGGUCAAGACUAUGUUAAACACAACGCAUACCUAAUUGCGAUGUAUCUCCGGCUGAAAGAACUGCAGUCGCCCUCUUUUGGUUGCCCUUCUCGCUCGACCAUCGUUGAGUACAAGUUGCCUUGUGCGGAAGACUGCACUGCGAUAUUUGCUGGAUCCAAUCUGUCGCUCAUGGGUCAAGCUGAUAUAGUGAUUCUGGGCCACGUCGAGGCUGUUUUGCCCAUGACUGCGUACAUGUGGGAAAGAGGUACUUGGGUACGGGACCAGCAACUUUUUGAGUGGCGGAAAAUCAUCUUGCCACAUGGUAAAGUUGUCUCGUAUCUGGGGUGCAUGAUCAGUCUGUGGGGAGAUCUUGUCGGUUCUUUAAUCAGAGUGCUGAAAAAGUUGAACAAUGUCAGCUGUGUCGUUCAUCUUGGGAAGGCAGGCUCUCUGCGGUCUCGCACAAAAGCCAACGGCUCCGUCAUUCAACCCAAUCAGAUCGUUGUGACGGGCUCAUCUAGUUGCGUGGGGAAAGAAUCUGUUCAGUGGUCCAACCCCUUUGAGUAUGAUAUUACCCGACAGGACCAGAGCUCAACCAAACUCGUGGCUGGACAGAACGUGAGUGUCUUCUCACCCCUUGUGGAGACUGGAGUCUGGUUUGAGCAGUGGCGCAAAAAGGCGGAUUGGGUCGACUGCGAGGUUUUCGACGCCGUGAGAGCUUGUCGAGAGGUAGAUGUCCAUUUCGGCUAUCUUCAUAUCAUAUCCGAUGUCUUGGCUCAAUAUUACCCGGAGAAUCUGUCGAAUGAGAGAGAUACUCUAGCGCGAUCUCACAGACGACUAGCAUUUGACAAGAUGAAGAAAAUCCUAGGUGGCUUCCUUGCCAGCUCUCAUUCAGGAAAGCUGCUGUUAUCACCACCUCAGAUCCGAAACAAUGUACAGCACAUGGAGCCUAAAAAGUCAGAGGUUCUUCUCGCCUCCGAAGUCCCUCGCGUCGGCGUCGGCGUCUUCGUUAUCCACCCCGCCAAUUCCACUCCUGAACAACAAUCUUCCGUGUCUCUAGACGAGACAAACGCAUGGAAGUUCAUAAUGGGGAAACGGCUAGGCUCUCACGGCAGUGGCACUUACGCCCUACCUGGUGGCCACUUGGAAUCCGGCGAGACACUGGAGGAGUGCGCGGCGCGUGAGGUCCUCGAAGAAACAGGUCUUAUGGUUCACGACGUGACUUUCCUGACGAUCACGAACAGCAUACUGGAUGCGGCCGAAGGUGGAAAACAUUACCUCACGGUCUUUAUGACAGCGAGGGUAAUGAUGGAUGAUGAUACUGGCGUCAAUGUUCGAGCUGAGGAGGGCUUGCCGAUCGCACAGCUCAUGGAGCCUAACAAAUGCGCAGGCUGGGAGUGGGUGAGUUGGAGACAAUAUGAGAUGUGGGCGAAGGCGCAAAUCCGACGGAGGGAAUUGCUUCAGGCUGAUGUUGAUGAUCGUGGCGGCGAUGAUGGUCGACUGUUGUUUUCGCCGAUGGUGGACUUACUCGUGCAAAGACCGGGCGUCGUUCCCACGCUGAAAUGA